UUGUGUCCAGUUCUGGGCCUCACAAUUCAAAAAGGACGUUGAGAAACUGGAGUGUGAUUCCAUGAUUCUAUGGCUGUUUUCUCCAGGACCCCUGGACUGAGACAGGCCAGAUCCAGCUAUAGGACUCUGGGUCUGGGGAGACCCAGGGCUGAGCCCCCACUGGGCUUUGAAACUGCCUGAGUGAUCUUGGGCCAGUCGCUGCCAACCUGGUCUACCUCACAGGGUUGUUGGGAGGAUAAAGCAGGGAGGAGGAGAGCCAUGCGUCUUCUGUGGUAACAAAUGGAGGAGUCAACGGACAGUCAUGUUCGCCCGAUGUCCUCUCAGUCUCUUUGCAGGCUCCCAGGGCAUCUUCACUGGCCUGCCCCCAGAGAACGGGCACACAGCCAUUCCCAUGAUGGGGCUGGCAACAGAGACCCUCGCAGCCCCCCACUGCCACCGCCAUGGACCCUGUUCUCCCAGCCAAAGCCAGCAGAAAGUCCAGGCCCAGCGGAAGCUCAGGAUUGCCUGCGCCGUCUGCUUCCUCUUCAUGAUCGGAGAGGUCAUAGGGGGCUACCUGGCCCACAGCCUGGCCAUCAUGACGGAUGCGGCCCACCUGCUGACGGACAUGGGCAGCAUGGGGGUCAGCCUCUUCUCCCUCUGGGUUUCCACACGCCCGGCCACAAAGACCAUGACCUUCGGCUGGCAUCGCUCUGAGACUCUGGGGGCCUUGGCCUCUGUCCUCUCCAUCUGGACGGUCACGGGGGUCCUAGUCUACCUGGCCUCGGCCCGCAUCAUCAGCAACGACUAUGAGAUUGAGGCCUCGGCCAUGCUGGGCACUUCUGCUUGUGCCGUGGGAGUCAACAUCAUCAUGGCCUACCUUCUGCACCAGUCUGGCUCUGCCCACAGCCACGGACCGGGCCGGGAGGGCUAUGAGCGGAUUGGGGACAGCCCCUGUGAGCCCCCGUUGCCCACCCACAGCAACACCAGUGUCCGAGCAGCUUUCGUCCAUGUGGUGGGGGACCUGCUCCAAAGCAUUGGGGUCUUUGUGGCCGCCACCGUCAUCUACUUCAAGCCUCAGUACAAGAUCGCCGACCCAGUCAGCACCUUCUUGUUUUCCCUCUUUGUGCUGGGCUCCACCGUGACCAUCCUCCGGGACGUCUUCCGUGUCCUCAUGGAAGGAGCCCCUCGAGGCGUGGAGUUCCGGGCCGUGAAAGAGAUGCUGCUGUCCGUCAAGGGGGUGAAGGGCGCCCAUGACCUGCACCUUUGGGCCCUGACCCUCAGCCAUCACGUUGUGGCCGUUCACGUGGCAAUUGAGUCAGGUGCCGACAUGGAGACUGUGCGGCAGGAAGCCACGGCUCUGCUCCAGAGCAAGUUUGGCUUCGUCUCCUGCACCAUCCAGGUGGAGCGUUACCUGGAAGACAUGACCUCAUGCCACCAAUGCCAGGACCCACGGGACUGAAGGCCCCGCCACGACCCAUGGCGCCUGCCACUGCCACUCCUGAAGCUGCCACCUCCCGCCUGAGGCCUCUGCACAUGUUCAGCCAGAGCAGGCACAGAGGAAGGUGGAGCGCCAGGGAGGCCUCCACGAAAGGGUGGCAAAGGGUGCCACUGCCCUGGGCCCAGCCAUGCUCCCUCCUCACAUCUUCGUGUCACAUUCCAGCCAGGCAGGGGCUAUGGCUCUUUGAUCAUUUUUGCCUAAGUGUCUUUGGUGUGCCAACAGGGGACCUGGCCUUGGCAGUGCCAACGGCCUCCAGCUGGCAGGGGAGACUCGGUCAGUCUUGCCCGCUCAAGCUGGGUGCAACUGGUGCUCGGCCAGGCCUUCUGUUUUGGCCACAUAUCUGUUUUUGCAUGCGUGUGUUUGUGUCAUGCUAAGAGCAAAAACUUGCCACCAUGGAUGUAUUGUCUGGAAAGUGUGCCCAGAGGAGCGUUGCUGUUCUUCCCCCAACAAUGGGAGGUGGAUGGGGGGUGUUGCCUGUUUUGCUGUGAGCAACCCCUGUGCCAGGAGAGCGAGGAGAACCCCUGGCCAGAGUUUGGGUGGGCUAGGGGCAAGGCCAGUUCCUUGUCCUGCUGGGCUUGGUUUUUGCCCUUCUCUGCUCCCACAGCACGCAUUGGCCAGCUCCACAUUCUAUCCCUCUGCCCUCAGGAUACUGCCCCAGCUCUUCAUGGGAUGCCAGAAGCAUGGAAAUAAAGCAACAGCAACAGUCAGUCCACAGGAGGUCCAGACCAAAGGCAACAGCUGGGUAGAGGCAGGAGCCAAUUUGUCCUUCUGGCUGCCCCUGGAGAACGGGCGGGGCGAGGGUGGGGGCAACUCCAUGCUAUAGGCACCCCAAGACCUGCCCUCUCCCAUGAGGAUAGUGGACAUGCGGCUGACGGAGGGCUCAGAAGAAAAACUGCAUAUGGGAGGCCAAUAGUCCGGUCCAGGUCCAGACUUGCCUAUCAUCAGCCUGCUGCUGGUGGGGAAGAUCUGUGGGAAGCAGCAGCCCCCAGCCUUAAGCAAUGGAGAUGGUGGGGAGGGCUGUUGUUGCUGGCGUAGGGCUACCAUCCACAUCAUGCAUUGAGGAGCCACAAGCCAAACCCUCCCGGUGCACACGUGUUGUGUCUGUUGUCUUGUGGAGUACAAGCGUAUCUGUCUGUCUGUCUUUCUUUCCUGUGCCAUGUGUACCAGUGAAUCCAAUAAAAUAACGUG